AGUGAGUACAUCGGAUGUUGACUUGCAAGUAUAGCUGGAAGGGUGGAAAAGAAAAGAGGAAGAAAAAAAGAAACGAAAUGAGCAGCUCCUCAAGUUGCCUGUGGUCCAGUUUUGGAACAUAAAUACUGGUCAACCAUCUUCACACUCCACCUCCUUUCCUUCACCAGUUCACUCAAGUUCUUUUUUUCUCUUCUCCAGACUUUUGAUCCAUUCCUUGCAGUGCCGAAGGGGACUAUCCUUCUAUCUCAACAAGAUCGCCUUGCUAUCUCCAAUAAGCCUCGCUCGCGUACCAUUUCCAACAAGAAGACUUGCCUGCCGCGUCUUACCGCUUUAGCAAAAAGGAAAGAAAGGAAGAAAUAAUAAUGAGCGCUCCAAUAUAUUCAAACCCUGUCGUUCCAGCGGGCGUCAAGCCCGUCAUCUUCGUACUCACUCUUUCUGACGAAGCAACUCAGAACAACUUCCAGAGUUCUCACGCACGACUCCUGAACGAACUUUUUGAAAGGGCGACAGUUAGGCACGCCAAUACGGCUGAGAAGGCAUUUGGCCUCUUCACCCAGUGUGCAGAGCCACACGCGGUGUUUAUAGCCGACGGCGGCAUCGCUCGCCCCAAUUGCGAGAUAAUCAACCAGAGGCUGGCGCUUUAUGCUGCUUGCGGCGGCAUCGUCAUCUUUGGCGGCCUGUUUGCGGCCUCCAGAGGAGAUGAUUUGAAGAAGGUCUUUAAGCAAACCUGGGACCUCCCGUGGGAGCCUGGCUCCUUUCACCGUACCACUUUGAGUCUGAACGAAGGAGCAAUUACUUCGACCCUCAAGACUAGACUACAGGCCUCGUACAGCCAAAAGGCUCUCCAUCUUUACGGGGUGCAAAAGAAUGAGUCGUGGUAUCUGCCCACACAGAAUUCGGUUAUCGAGGAGUGGGUGCCUCGUGCAGGGCCAAUCACCGACUUCAGCGAAUCGCCCAUUAUUUAUGCUUGUUACGGAAGUGGCCAUGUUGGGUUCAUCGGCGAUACUGAGGCUGAGGAGGGCACUGUGAUUUGCAUUCUUGCUAUGCUGGGUAUCUUGAUCCGAUAAAUUGCUGGGAGCUCAUGAGAGGCUGUGUGUGUGUGUGUGUGUGUGUGUGUGUGUGUUCUGUCUAGAGGAAUAUUGCAUCUGUUUGGCGGGAUAGUAUGUAGAUGCUUAGCAUCUUUCAACAUCCGGAAAGAGAAUGGAAAGAAAGAAGAUUUGGCCAGGAAAAAGAAGAAGAAGAAAAAGCGUGUCUGUUUGCAUGGACGUCUGUAUCGCCUUGCAACGUUGUUGUGCUACAGCCUCAGCGAGUGACUUGUUGAUAGCAAUUCAAGCAGAACCUGUGAUUUC